AUGAAGGUUCUGUUGCUGAAGGAUCCCAAAGACAAAGAUUCAGGACCGGAUCCCUACGUUAAAGAAUUAGGAUUAUAUGGAUUUGAAGCAACUUUGAUUCCAGUUUUGUCAUUUGAAUUCACAUCUCUUGAAAGCUUAUUUGAAAAGCUCUCUCAUCCAGAAUGUUAUGGAGGCCUAAUUUUUACCAGUCCAAGAGCCUUAGAAGCCAUCAAGAUAUGUUUGAAAGAGAAUAGUAAAAAUGAAGCCUGGUCAAAAUCUCUUAAACAAAGAUGGAAUACCAAACCAGCCUAUGUGGUGGGAAAAGCUACAGCUUCUUUGGUGGAAGAAAUUGGUCUUACUCCACAAGGAGAAAAGUCUGGAAAUGCUGAAAAAUUAGCUGAAUAUAUUUGCUCAAGAGAGAAACCUAAUUCCUCAGCUCUUCUUUUUCCUUGUGGAGCCCUGAAAAGAGAAGUACUUCCUACAGUACUUAGAGAAAAAGGUAUCCCUCUGGAAAGCCUGACUGUGUAUCAAACAUCCCAACACGCUGACCUGCAAGAAUCUUUGAGCAGUUAUUUCUCACAACAGGGAACUCCAGCAAGCAUCGUCUUCUUCAGCCCCUCUGGUGUCAAAUUUUGCCUCCAGCACAUUCAGAAGCUUUCAGGGGAUUCUAUGGACCAUAUCAAG